AUGUAAAAAUGGUGCAAGUUUUUUGAAAGACGAAAUUCAUUGGGAAAAAUCUAAUGGAACAAAUUUUGCAUGAGUAGGUAAUAAUAAAUUUUAUAAAAGUGAAUGUGGAGAUGAGAAAAAACCAUAUAAAUACUAUCAGAAAGAAAAAUGA